CGCUAGGAAAGUCUUCAUCGAAUUUUUCUUGCAUCUUCAUUUUAUCGACAUUAUUUUAACAAUCUUUCGUUUCAUCUUAUCUCUGGUGAUAGGCAAAGGUAGCAACAUAAAGUUUGAACUUUUGUUUACGAAUAAAAGUUACCGAGUCAUUGUUGAGAAUGGCGGAGUGGUUUUUAGCGAAGAUAAAUAGCUUCGGCAAUUUGGAUGACGUGCAGCAGAGGGAAGAGAUAUUAACAGAGCUCAAAAUAAAAUUUGCAAAAUUAAGCCCCGAGGAGUCGUCGGAAAUUGUUAGGAAUUUGGAUCUGAGCAAGUUGUUUUCUCAACUAACCUCCAAUGACAAAGAGGUUGUGGAACAAGUGUGCGAUGCCCUUAAUAUAAUCUUACAUGGUUCUGAGGCGGGUCAAGUUUUAUGGCGCUACACAUCAGAAAUAUACGGGAUUUUGUCGCAUAAAUUGCCAUACGUGAAAGAAUUUGCGCUGCAAGAAAUUCUGAGAGUUGCAUCUGAUCCAAACAGCUUGCCUCAGUUGUUAUUAAAACUUGAUUUACUUACAGUUGUUACAGAAACGGUAGCGGACGAGAAUCUGGGUGUUGCCGAGCACGCGAUAAAUGUUUUGAAAAAAAUUGGUCAAAACGAGGAAGGGUUAAAAAUAUUAUAUUCUGGCGUGCUAUUACGAUCAAUAGCCAAAUUAUUAUCUCUCAACGAUAUCGUAAAGUUUCGAGUUUAUGACAUAAUAGUCGACAUCGCUAAAAACAGUAAAAAUGGUCUUGCCGUAUCUGUGAACUCUGGCUUCUUGCAAAGUCUUAUUUCCAAUCUUAACGACGACGAUAUCUUAAUACAAUUGAAUGCAUUGGAGACAUUAACGGAAUUAGCAUCGACUAAAGUGGGAUUAGACUUUUUGGAACAAAAUCAAGUCUUGCAGCAAUUGGCUGAGAAAAUAGCUCGAGCCCACGAAACGCCACUUUCAAAUUUAUUAAUACCAGGGCUUAUGAAAUUCUUUGGGAAUGUAGCACAACUGUGUCCCGAUGAAAUAUUUUCCAGAUAUCCCGUUGUUAUAUCUGCACUUUUUGAAGUCAUUGAGAGCGAAGAUCAAACUAUUUUGGCAAUCGCGUUAGAUACGCUUGGCCAUGUUUCGUCCUCGGUAAAAGGAAAAUAUGCCCUUCAAAAGUUAGGAAAUGCUAUGCCUUCCGCAUUAAAGAAAAUGUCAGAAAUAAUUAAAAAAAUGCCUUCCGAGCUUAGAGUACGAGGCUUAAAUAAUUUAACGCAUAUUCUCAGUAUAAGUAAGCCAGAACAGGACAAUAGGAUAUUAUCGCUCAUUAAGUCAUGGUUCGAUUCACUUGGUGACGAACCACUGAAGUUGAUUGUAUCUUUAUCUAAGCAACCUUUCGCGGAUAUUAGACAAGCGAGUCUUGAAGUUUUGCAUGUAAUUGCAUCUCAAGAGUGGGGUCAAGAAUACAUUGCUAAUUAUCCAGGACUAGUUGAAUUUCUCCUAGAUAGAAGCGUCGAAUCAUUUAAAAAGUGUAAGGAACUAAAAUUUGAAAUUGUGGAAAGUCUGGCGGAAUCGGUGCCAGAUAUAUUUGAUGCUCAGACGAUGCAAAGAUUCAAUAAGUUCAUUAACGAGGGACCAUUUUACAUUAAUACAAUUACUGAUAUCGCUGUCGAUGGUGUUUCAUAAUAUUCUAUCCAUAAUUCUAAAAUAGAUGAUUGUUUCAAUGAUAUAGUGGGCAUUUGCAACUGGCUCAUUAAGUUAUAAUACAUUUUCAGAAAAUUCUAAAAGAAGCCUAUAACAAUACAAACAAUAUGCUUUGUAAAAUUCACAAUACAGCUUUAUGUAAAUAAAGUUGACAGCCUUCUAAAUUUA